AUGUACGCGCCUUUGGAAUCAACAUCGUCAUUCCAGCGAUACCAACCAGGUCAAGCAUUGGCUCCCAUUCUGACCGGAGAGACCCUGAAUAUAGAUGACAUCCGGUCGUCGCCCCACUCCUCCUCGGAUCCAUUUUCCGGAUCUCCUUCACACUACGCGGGGCAACCCAGCUACUAUGCUGACCAAGACUAUGUGCCGCCAUUCACAGAUACCUACUCUGGGUCUUUCGCUGCGGGCACGGGCGCAGACCGCUAUGAUGGCGCAACAUACGCUUCUGGAUACCUCUCCCGUGCUUCCUACGUGCCACCCCGUUCUCGGUCACCGACUCCUGCUGUCGAUGAUGAAGACUACCAUAUUGUCGGUGACGAGAGUUAUCACUAUACGGGAGAAUCCCAAGACCCAGAGAAAGGGGAGUACAUCGAUGCAUACCAUGGGCAGCCCGAUUAUCCGGCAGAGUAUGAUAGCCGCUACCCAGUCCAAAUGUCGAAGCAGGAAUCAAUAUACUCUGCAGCCAGCGAGUCCGACGUAACACCCGUGGAAACGCGCCAUUUCGGUACUGCACCCAAAGGUCGCACGGAGCGCCGGCAUCUGAAAAGGACUGUUGCUUUGAAGAAUGGUCAUCUUGUCACAGAUCUCCCGAUUCCACCUAAGCUUGUUCUACCAUGGCGAGGAUCCCCAGAAACGUUAUUUACCCGGUAUUCCGCAGUGACUUGUGACCCGGACGACUUUUCGCGGAGUGGAUACAGUCUACGGCAGUUUGAAUUGAAACGGACUACAGAAAUCUUUAUUGUUAUAACAAUGUACAAUGAAGAUGAGGUUCUGUUCUGCAGAACGUUGUACGGAGUCAUGCGGAAUAUAUCUCAGCUGUGUGCGCGGAAAAAUUCGAAGACGUGGGGACGUAAUGGAUGGCAGAAGGUCGUUGUUUGCAUUGUUGCCGACGGCCGAAAGAAAAUUCAUCCUAGAGUGUUGGAUUGCCUCACGCUACUAGGUGUUUACCAAGAAGUUCCAAAGGAGAUCACGGGCUUGAGAAAGGGCUUCAAUGUCGAUAUGGUCUCCGCUCAUCUUUAUGAAUACACAACAUCUUUUGGCCUGGACCCCAAUCUGCAUUUCAAGUAUCCCGACAAAGGGAUUGUCCCUACUCAAAUCAUAUUCUGUAUGAAAGAGAAGAAUCAGAAGAAGAUCAAUAGUCAUAGGUGGUUCUUCAAUGCAUUCGCUCCUCUGCUACAACCCAAAGUAUGCGUACUGCUGGACGUGGGAACAUGCCCUGGAAGUAACAGCAUUUAUCGCCUGUGGAAGACGUUCGAUCUCAAUUCCAACGUUGGCGGGGCCUGCGGUGAAAUCGCCGCCUUUAAAGGGAAGCGAUGGUCGCUUCUGCUCAAUCCGUUAGUUGCUGCCCAGAACUUUGAAUACAAAAAUAGUUCAAUAUUGGACAAACCAACGGAAUCCAUGUUCGGAUAUAUUAGCGUCCUGCCUGGCGCGUUUUCUGCGUAUCGAUAUUUUGCUCUGCAAAACGAAAACGGUGUAGGACCGCUGGCUUCGUACUUUAAGGGAGAAGUGUUACAUGGCCGUGAUACAGAUAUCUUCACCUCUAACAUGUACCUUGCCGAAGACCGUAUACUCUGCUUUGAGCUCGUAGCGAAGGCGAAAUCAAAUUGGGUUCUACGAUAUGUCAAGGGUGCUAUUGGAGAGACGGAUGUACCCGAUGCUCUUCCUGAAUUCAUGAGUCAACGUCGUCGAUGGCUCAAUGGGUCGUUCUUUGCUGCAACAUAUGCUAUCGCCCAUACCCCGCAAAUCUGGCGUUCCGGACACAGCCUUUCACGGAAAAUAUGUCUGACGAUCGAGACGAUGUAUAACAUCAUGAAUUUAACGUUCUCGUGGUUCAGCAUUGGAAACUUUUACUUGUUCUUUGUUGUUCUGACGUCCUCUCUAGAAGACAGUGCAUUUGGAAUAUCUGGAAUCAAAUAUCUUAAUUGGUUUGCUCAGGCGAGUCUUGUUAAUUUGUUUUUGCUGUUUAAUGCCAAUGUCAUGCAGUAUUUUUUGGCGUCCAUCAUAAUAUCACUAUUCUUCAUGUCUAUGAGCAUUAAACCCCAAACGGCAAAAUGGAAAUACAAGUCCUUGUCGAUUGCUCUUUGCGUCUGCAUGAUAUACAUGCUUACUGCAUCUGUUGUUUGCGCGCUAAAAGCAUACUCACAAGGAGGUAGCGCGAACACCAUCAUGCUCUUUAGUGUGAUUAUCACCUUCGGCAUCUAUUUUAUCAGUAGCGUGAUAGCACUGGAUCCGUCGCAUAUGCUGACAAGUUUCCUGCAAUAUAUGCUGCUUUCUCCGACAUUCAUCAAUAUUCUCAAUAUUUAUGCAUUCUCAAAUCUGGACGACAUUUCCUGGGGAACCAAACAAGACGCCGAGGUUGAGCCGGAAGGGAUGGUGGUGCGGCCCACUGCCUCCCAAGUGGACCUCGAUUUCUAUACGGAAGCCUCAACAAAUGAGUUGUAUGAGGAGGCUAUAGCGAAUCUCAAGAAUCGGACUCCGGUCGCAAAACCUAAAUCUACGUCGCUGUCUGAAUAUGAAAAGGCACAAGCAGCUAAAGAAUACUAUGCAAGUAUACGUACCAAUGUUGUGCUUACUUGGGUUUUGACAAAUGGUAUUCUGCUGGCACUGAUAUUAGGAAGCGGCAGCAAUACUACCACCACUUUUAGUGAGGGAUACACCCGUGCGAAGACAUACCUGACCUUCAUCCUUGUUUUCACUACGCUCGCCAACUCUAUUCGCUUUAUUGCAUCUACGAUAUACCUUCUUAUGACCCUCAUAACGGGGUAG